UUAGAGACAAUAGAAAAUUGAGGUUAUGUAAGUGAAAAAAUGUUCCGUGCACUUCUGGGUGGAAUUCAGGAGAUUCCCCUGAAGUCCUGGACAGGACUUCAGGUUGUGCGAUGGAGACGGAAGCCCCGGUGGCUGCCAAUGGCGCAGAGUCGUUAUAACAAAGUGCCAGAGCGAAAGCCCGUAGAUCCUGAAGAGAAGGAUGAGAUGAUGCGCCUGUUCAAUAUCUACCGCACGCAAUACAAGAGUGUCCGGAAGUUCCUUAUGGCUGAAGUUGAGGCAAAGAAAGCCCAGACCACGGUUCUGACAAUGACACCAGAAGAAGAGGAAGCUGACAUGAAGAGAUCCAUGGAAAUCAAUGAGGAAUGGAACAGAAAAGCAGCAGAAGUAAGAAACCAGAGGCUCGAGGAACAAAUGGAACUCCGAAAGAAAGAUAUUCUUGAGCGUUUAGAAGCCAAGCAGCUCAGGGAAGAAGAAAGGAGGCGCUGGGCCGAGGAAAGAGUCAAGCAGGAAAUUGAGAGAUCAAAAACUUUCAUUGCACGGGAAAAUCUCGAAGCUGCUAUUGAACAUGCCUUGGCCAAUCCAACAGACUUCAAUUUUGCCAUUGACCUCAAGCUAAACAUCUACAGAGGACGCACCGCAACCACACCAUCCGGAAGUCUUUCUAGAGACUCUGCUGAAGAUCGUGUAACGAAUUAGGAAACAAAGAAUUAAAAGUUUUUAUGUAGAAAAA